AUGUCCAAUAUAUUAGUGGAAACCAAGAAUGAAUCCAACAUCCAAUGUAUUAUUACACCAAGAACAAACCCAACGUCCAAUAUAUUAGUGGGUACCGAGAAUGAAUUCAACGUCCAAUAUAUUAGUGGGCAACAAGAAUCCAACGUCCAAUGUAUUAUGGGCACAACGUCCAAUAUAUUAUUAGUGGGCACAAAGAACAAACCUAACGUCCAAUAUAUUAGUGGGCACCAAGAAUGA